AUGGCAUGGAAUCCUAUCACCACCGGAUUUCACCCGAAUCCGAGCUGCAUCUUUGUGUCUGAGCUCGAUGAUACCUGGUUCUGCACGUCAUCAAGCUUCCUUGCUUUCCCGGGUCUACCAAUCCAUGCCAGUAGGGAUUCGGUACACUGGAAGCAUGUGUCUAACGCCUUCAGUCGCUCUGAGCAGUUGCCUGGCAUGGCUUUCCUACCUCCCAAAGCCACCAGUGACAUUUAUGCGCCGACGCUACGCUUUCGAGAGGAGAUUUUCUACCUCGUAACUACGUUGGUCAACCAGCAGCUACUGCACAUUAAUAAUUCCCGCUGGGAUAACUUCUUCGUGAUUAUUGGGGAUCCGGAUAGUUCCGAGACUUGGUCCGACCCAAUAUAUUCCCCCUUUCCGGGGUUCGACCCGAGCCUAUUUUGGGACGAUGAUGGUACUACUGUAUCUGCUGGCAGCCGAAGGAGGAACCCGCGAGAACCACAUAGUGACCAUGGCGCGCUGGGACAUGCUGAUUUGCUUCAAGACGCAAACGGGAGGUGGUGGGCUGUAGCUCCUACGACGAGGCUCCGUAUUUCGCAAAUUUCUCCCUGGGCCGCGAGACGCGAGGUCUCUGGCAAGGUCUCAGGCUGGCCGCUACCCGCUGAAGAAAUCCCCGAGCAGGGUGAGGGCCAACUAAGCGAUGCUGAUGACUCCGUUAUAUUCCCACGCGGCAGCCAAUUGCCGAUCCGUUUCGUUCAUUGGCGACUGCCCACCGCGCGGAACUACGCCGUCUCGCCGCCUAGCCACUGGAAUACCCUGGCGCUUAAAUCCUCGGUGCUCACUCUCACGGUGGCCUACCCGCUGCCGGAGGGAUGGGCCGGACAGAAACCGACUCUGCAGAUCGAGACCGUCAACAGUACACACUUUGCAUUUUCGGCUGGGCCAGCAGGGAAGGAGGCGGAGAUACGGAUCUUUGACCACUGUCGAAGAGACGAACUGGUGCCAUAUUACUCGGGUCUCGUCCUUGGUGUCUACACUACUUCUAACGGCAAGCAUGGUGAACGGGCGUUUUGA